CGAAUUACAAGCUCUCUCUCUCUCUCUCUCUCUCUCUAUCCGUUUCUCCCCCCUCUCUCGCUCCCUCCCUCUCCCUCUCCUUCCCGUAUAUAAGGGUUGAUGGCUGGCUUGUGUUUCAGACUCCUCACCAGGAACCAAGGCGACUGGUCAGACCACGUACGGCGCAGUGGGCCACCAUGACCCCCGCGGUGACCCCGGAGCAGAGACCCCCACCCCCCUCUCCAAUGGACUGCUAAUUAUACAUCUACAGGAUGAUUGACAGCUGCUCCUCCUGAUCCCCAGGAUGCAUGUGGUGCCAGAGGCGUCUUCCUCCCACCACGUCGUACCCAUCGCCCUCACCUGCUCCUGGCUGCUCCUGCUCUUCCACGCCGCCUUUUGUCAGAAACCCGCCAAGCUGCCUCUGAUUGGCCGGAAGCCGUUCAUCGCCGCCUGGAACGCCCCCCUGGACAUGUGCACCAUCAAGUACAACGUCACCACCAACGCCCACCGCCUCUUCCACAUCCACGGCAGCCCGCGCGCCAACUGGACAGGCCAGAACGUCACCAUCUUCUACGCCAACCGGCUGGGCUACUACCCGCACUACACGCCGCAGGGCGCCGCCGUGCACGGCGGCCUGCCACAGAACAGCAGCCUGGACCUGCACCUGUUCAAGGCCUACCAGGACAUCAACCACUUCAUCCCCUCGGAGGACUUCCGCGGCCUGGCCGUGAUCGACUGGGAGUUCUGGCGGCCCCAAUGGUUCCGUAACUGGGACAAGAAGGACAUCUACCGGUGCAAGUCCAAGGAGCUGACCGCCAGGGCCUACGUCAACGUGACGGCAGCGCAGGUGGAGGAGCUGGCGCGGCGGCGGUUCGAGAAGAGCGCCAAGGCGUUCAUGCAGAGGACUAUCCAGCUGGGGACGCGCCUUCGCCCCAACGCACUCUGGGGGUUCUACCUCUACCCGGACUGCCACAACUACAAACUGCACGAGCAGAACUACACAGGCUUCUGCCCCCCGGUGGAGGGGCAGAGGAACGACGAGCUGCGCUGGCUGUGGAACAGCAGCACGGCGCUCUUCCCCUCCGUGGCCUUCAGGAAGACUCACACCAACAGCGUGGGAAACCUGCGCUUCUCCCAGCACCGGAUCCGCGAGUCGCUCCGCAUCGCCUCGCUGACCUCCAGGGAGUACGAGCUCCCCACCUACGUGUACCUGAGGCUGGGCUACCGGGACGAGGCCAUGGCCUUCCUCACCAUGAAGGACCUGAUCUACACCAUCGGCGAGAGCGCUGCUCUGGGAGCGGCGGGCUUCGUCAUCUGGGGCGACCUGAAUCUGACCUCGUCCAGACACAACUGCACCAAGGUGAAAGGCUUCCUGAGCCGCCGCCUGGGCCAGUACAUCACCAACGUGACGCGGGCCGCCGAGUUCUGCAGCGACUUCCUGUGCCGGGGCAACGGCCGCUGCGUCCGCCGGGACCCGCUUUCCCGCCACUACCUCCACCUGAGCGCCGACAGCUACCGCAUCCGGCCCGCCGGCGACGAGGACUUCGCCGUCACCGGGUGGCACUCGGAGCACGAGCAGCGGCUGCUGGCCCGGAGGUUCCGCUGCCACUGCUACGAGGGCCACGAGGGCGAGCGCUGCGACAGCGUCAACGAAGUGAGGGAGGACGACGGGCCGCUUGGGGGGGAGGGAGACGAGGACGAGCAGGAGAGGCGGAGGACGGAGUGGGAGGACGAGCAGGGGGAGCGGUGGGAGGCGGGGGAGGGCGAGGCGCCGCCGACCGGCUGCAGCGUUCCCGUGACGCUGCUGAUGCUCCUGCUGGGCCUGUCGACGGCGUCCCUCUGAUGAAGGAUAGACAGCUGUGUACAGAUGUUACCUUUCAACCCCUCCCUGACUGAAGGUGUCCCCGUUAAGGUGAAGAUCUGAGGCGGUGUGGUUGUCUUGUCAGAUUUGUUCAGUGAUUUAAAUGCAAAACGAUUCUAACAUGCUCAUAACAGCUGUUUCAACAGCUGGUGAUUUAUUUCCUCUUGUUUUCACUCCCAACUCACCUGUGAAACCGUCCUCGGCCAAGCGGUCAGAGCCGCCAUUCCAGGAAUUAAGGAAUCAGGAAACAUUUAUUACCAAAAUGUGUCAGACAUACAAGGAAUUUGACUUGGCGAAACGACAAUGGACAACAACACAGAUAAGACAAGUGCCGUAAGUAAGGUCUUUGAGAGAAAGACUAUUUACCCAGGAGGCCGCUGCUCGCAUCACGUGUGAAAACUGAGAGGCCAACGCCGCCGUCAAUCAUUCCAUUUGAAGGGUUCAUCCUCUGGAGAACCAUGAAUCUCUGCUCAUCCUGGCAAGUUCUGAGGGGUUAUGGUUAGAGAAACUUCAGCGGAUCAAAAGACGUUAACACAACCUGGGGGGAGGGGGGGGGGGCUUUUAAAAACGAUCGUCAGUAACACACGUAAAAACCUUUUUGAGAAGUUUGAUGGCACUUUACCACACACACACAGACACACACACACACACACAGGGAACUAAAAGGGUUCUCUGUUUGGAUCGGUGUCGCUGCAGGAUGAUCCCUGUGAAGGAAGCCAGAAGGAGAAAGGCGAAGAGCUGUGUCCUUGUCUACAUAGAUGUGUGUAGAGGUUGGUUUUACGUCACAGGAUACGAACGUCACCGCAUGUCAGCCCAGAUGAAUCAAACCCGCGGACAGUUCUCCGUGUCUGCCGCUGAUGCACACGACCGUAGGUACGACAAGCACACUGAAAAGGACGAAAAAGACGCGCAAACAGCAGUUGAAUGUGACUCGGAGGCUCGUUGACAUAAGAAGGAUCAUCUGGCACAAAGGCUUAGAGAGAGAUGACCGAUGCUGACUGAAUGCAGGUUAAAAAAACAUACUUGACGACAAUCGUUUGCAUUUAGAAAAAAACACGUGGUUUACGUUUGAAAUGAAAAUAGAACAAAAAAUGCAACAGAACUGGUCGUGUUUGGCUUAAAGAAAGGUAAACAUGUCCCAGACCCUUCGUGGAUUUUGAUUAGAAGUUUAUUUGUGACAAACCAAUGUUGUUUGGAGGAAACAGUUACGUUGAAUGAGAGCAGACGUUCUAAAUGCACUUUUCUAUAAUUCUUUGCUAAAUUAAAAAGCAAUGAGUUCCACAGCAGUUGUUUUACGUUAAAUUAAGUUGAAUGUUUGAUGUUUGAUAGACGUUGGAUGAUUGCACACUGAUUAUUAACAGUUCCUUUGACCACAACGUCGAUCUUCUGCUGACCUAAACUUUGCCAAACAUUCACCGUAGAUGAGGAUCAUUCUUCAGACAAAUAAGACUUGUGUGGGUCAAAUAUGAGAGGGGGACUCUCAUCCAGCAGAUCGCUGUUCAUGUCCCUUAUGUAACCAAAAGUUGACUUUACAUUAGUUGAGCGAUGGCGUUAACGUACCAUCAGGCAUGCUGUUUGCUAACGACACGUGUUUAUUCAGGCUAGUUGGGUUUCUGUAACAUUCAGCAUCGACCUCGAUCCAGAGUGUUCAUCUCAAAACCGACUCUUCCGGGAAAUAACAGUUUCCUGCACUUCCCUGUUUGAAGUUUUUCUUUUGAAGAUUGUGAAGCUAAAAUGCAAAACGAGGACUGUGCAACACAUGCAAAUGAAUGUAAAUUCACUGCAAAUAAAGACUUUUCUUCAGUA